CCUGACGCUACCACAAUCAUAUCCACCAUGAAGACACUGGUAAUAGCACUGUUGUUUGCCUUCGUAACGGCAGAACAGAAACGUGAAGCUGAACCUGGCUUUGGCAUCGGCCAUCCAUUUAUUCGUCCAUAUGGUAUUGGAUACGGCUUCAGCUCAGCCGUGAGUCACCAUCCAUACGGCAGUCAUUCCUCCGUCCACUCCUAUAAUCACCUUAUCAAGAAACGUGAAGCUGAACCUGGCUUUGGCAUCGGCCAUCCAUUUAUUCGUCCAUAUGGUAUUGGAUACGGCUUCAGCUCAGCCGUGAGUCACCAUCCAUACGGCAGUCAUUCCUCCGUCCACUCCUAUAAUCACCUUAUCAAGAAACGUGAAGCUGAACCUGGCUUUGGCAUUGGCCAUCCUUUCAUUCGUCCGUAUGGAAUUGGAUACGGCUACAGCUCAGCCGUGAGUCACCAUCCAUACGGUAGUCAUUCCUCCGUCCACUCCUAUAAUCACCUUAUCAAGAAACGUGAGGCUGAAGCUGAAGCUGACCCUAGCUUCCCUGGAGCAGUCCAUGGUUACGCUUCUAUUCAGUAUCCAGGAUACAGUCUUGGUUCCCAGUACAGCCAUGCUUCCCUUCCUGUACAUUAUGGCUUUUACUGAAGCUGCAUUCCCAACAUACGGGGGUUAGUGUCACCUCAGUUAUUCGAUCCUUUCUGUAAUUAUCUGGCAUUGAUGAUAUUCCCAAAAUUUCUAUUUCAGCAUUAAAAUAGCAUGCAUUUC